AUGGAUUUAGGGCGAAAACCCAAAAUUGAGUUGUUUGUAAACAGGCUGGACUCGGUUGAAUCUGUUUUACCAUAUGAAUAUGAUGCUUUUGAUUUUUGCAAAGAUCAAACAGAAGAAAGGCCUUCAGAAAACCUUGGACAAGUUCUAUUUGGCGAGAGAAUAGCCUCUUCACCCUACAAGUUUAUAUUUAAAAAAGAUGAAGAGUGCAAGAAAGUGUGCAUGAAAUCUUACGACCCACAGAAGCCAGAAGACAAAAAUAAACUGGAUUUUUUGAAGAAGGGAAUGCGAUUGAAUUAUCAGCAUCACUGGAUUGUAGAUAACAUGCCUGUGACUUGGUGUUACGAUGUAGAAGAUGGCCUCAAAUACUGUAACCCUGGAUUUCCAGUUGGGUGUUUUAUUGCAUCAGAUGGCCGGAUAAAAGAUUUUUGCGUAAUGAGUUCUGAGUUCAACAAGAAGAACACUUUCUACCUCUUCAAUCAUGUAGACAUUACAAUCACAUACCACAGUGGAAAAGAUGAGAACUGGCCUGGGGCUCGACUAGUCGCAGCUCGGCUGGAACCCAGAAGUUACAAGCAUACAGAUAUAAACAAUUUAUCCUGUAAGGGUCCCCCUAUGGAAAUUCCUGCAGAAUUUAAUAACAAAUUGGAUGUGAUCUAUUCAUAUUCGGUGAAAUUUGAAGAAAACAACGAUAUUAAAUGGGCUUCAAGGUGGGAUUAUAUUUUGGAAUCCAUGCCUCACACCAACAUUCAGUGGUUCAGCAUAAUGAAUUCCCUUGUGAUUGUCCUUUUCUUAUCGGGAAUGGUGGCCAUGAUUCUUCUAAGGACUCUUCAUAAAGAUAUUGCAAGAUACAACAAAAUCGAUUCUUCAGAGGAUGCCCAGGAGGAGUUUGGGUGGAAGCUGGUCCACGGAGAUGUGUUCAGGCCGCCCAGGAAAGGCAUGCUGCUGUCUGUCUUCUUAGGCCAAGGGACACAGAUUUUCAUCAUGACGUUUAUUACUUUGUUCCUUGCCUGCCUUGGGUUCCUUUCACCAGCCAACCGAGGGGCUUUGAUGACCUGCGCAGUGGUGCUUUGGGUUUUACUGGGGACCCCAGCGGGCUACGUGUCUGCUCGAAUGUACAAAACAUUUAGAGGUGAAAAAUGGAAGACAAAUGUGUUGCUGACAGCUCUCUUCUGCCCUGGAAUCGUCUUUGCCGACUUCUUCAUUAUGAACCUUAUCCUCUGGGUGAAGGGAUCCUCGGCUGCUAUUCCUUUUGGAACGCUGGUUGCGAUCUUGGCCAUGUGGUUCGGAAUAUCUGUCCCACUGACCUUUAUUGGUGCAUAUUUUGGAUUCAAGGAGAAGCCCAUUGAGCACCCAGUGCGUACGAACCAGAUUCCUCGCCAGAUCCCAGAACAGUCCUUUUUCACCAAGCCUCUGCCGGGGAUCGUCAUGGGAGGCAUCCUGCCAUUUGGAUGCAUCUUUAUCCAGCUCUUUUUUAUCCUGAACAGCAUUUGGUCUCACCAAAUGUACUACAUGUUUGGCUUCUUGUUCUUAGUCUUUAUCAUCCUCCUGAUCACCUGUUCAGAGGCCACCGUCCUGCUUUGUUACUUUCACCUGUGUGCCGAGGAUUAUCACUGGUGGUGGAGAUCAUUCCUGACAAGCAGCUUUACAGCUGUUUAUCUCUUCAUCUACGCCAUUCAUUAUUUCUUCUCAAAACUCCAGAUCACUGGCAUUGCUAGCACCAUCCUAUACUUUGGAUAUACUAUGAUCAUGGUCUUGAUUUUCUUCCUUUUCACAGGAACGAUUGGGUUCUUUGCUUGCUUCUGGUUUGUUAGUAAGAUUUACAGCGUCGUGAAAGUAGACUGAAGAAUCCUCAUCUUGCUUUUGAACAUGUUUCUUGAGUUGCCGGAUACACACGCAUUAACCAUGUACAAAAGACAAAGCAUUUCAUCUUAAAAUAGUUAAGAUAUCCAGAGCUUCUAUCUUGGCACCAAAAGGCAGGUUUUAAAUGGAAUGGAUGUCAGUAAUGUGAACACUUCUGAAAAACUUGACUUGCUUUUUCCCAAUGCCCCUUCAGAGAUUUUUGUUGGUUUUCUUGAAAGAGAGCAAAACUGAUUUAAUAACAAAAGCAUAUGCAUUAUGUUCAACACUGCUCCCCCAGUGGAGAAUUCUCUAAACGUUUGUUUUUACAUGGUUAACUGAUUAUUCUGUCACAGAAGAGGUCUCUCCGGUAAAAAGUGACUUUUAAAACUGAAUUUGGAUCUCCUUUGCGGUUGGUCGUCACCUGAUACAAAAGUACAACCAUUAAGUGUUUAGUGCAGAGUUCUGCGGGGUGGGGGAAAAACCAACACUUCCUUUGUUUUAAAUAAAACUACACAAUUCCA